AUGCAUUCAUUUUCGUGUUACUUCUUGCUGCAUCAUCAUUUUGAAGCAGUUACAACGUCGGCAUAUUCUCUACCAGUAUCAUCAAGCGAUAUUAGCGGCGACACAAUGAGUGAUGAACCGGAUAACCAAGGCGAUCUGUCUAAAGAUGAAACGACAAUAAAAAUCCCUGAGAACGAAGGAAAGCUACUUGACACCAUUGAUCUAUCAACAGAUUCAACACUAAAUCCAGGUGAUGAAGAUAGUCAAUUCAUAUAUGAUAGUGAUUUUCUAAGACUUAUUUGUAUUGGUUCGCAUUUUGACGAUAUUCCACAGAGUAUUAUUGAAGCGUACUCACUUACGACCAAGAUUCUUGAUUUAAGUAAAAAUCGAUUCCGUUCACUCGCUUGUAUUAGACAUUUUCCUAAUCUUGAAGAACUUAUACUAGAUGACAACGACUUAGAUGACACCCAUACACGUUUUCCAAAAUUACCUAAUUUACAUACAUUGAUGUUAAAUAAAAAUCGUUUCCAAGACAUCUAUAAAUUAGUUGAUCAAUUACGUUAUGCAUAUCCAAUGCUUACACAUCUAUCCCUAUUAGGUAAUGAAGCAUGCCCAUAUCGAAUAGUUGCAACUAGUCAAACAUCAUCGAAUAGUGCAGAUCUUAGUACAUUUGCACAGAAUCGUCUCGAUGAAGAAUAUCAACGUUAUAGACAUUUACUUAUAUUUCGUAUACCAACAUUGAAAUUUCUUGAUGCCAGUGAAAUAAGUCCAAAUGAACGUCGUAUUGCAGGACAACUAGGUGAUAUACUUUAUUCAAUAACUGAGAUAAAGCAAUCGCAAUCAUCAACAAACAAUGAUGACAGAAAUCAAGAGAGAAACACUUAUUAUACACCAUUACCAGCAGAUACAGAUAAAAGUAAACAUCGAAUAUCUGUUGGAAAAGUUCCAUCAAAAUAUAAUGGAGAUGGGAGCCAAGGAAAUAAAUUUGUUCGCGAUGGAGACUUAUAA